UGGCGGCUGGAGUUUCUAUCCUGACACAACUGUCUGCUGCUCAUCUGAUAGAGAAACAACAAACAGUCGCACAAUGGCUCAGUGGCAGGAGCUGCUGAGGCUGGACUCAGCACUGCAGGGUCAGGUGAGCCAGCUAUACAAUGGAAAAUUCCCCCGAGAGAUCCGCCACUAUCUGAGUGCCUGGAUCGAGAGCCAGAACUGGGAUUUGGCAGCUGUUAAUGAAGAUGAAGCAGGCACUUGUUUCUACGCACUGGUGGAGUUUUUGGAGGAACAGUGGAACCGUUCUGUGCAGGAGAACAACAUUUUGCAGGGACCUGAUUUUCGAGGGUUCAGUAAUUACUUGCAGACACACUUUCUAGAGAUGCCGCUGAAGUUAGCUGUUAUCCUCUCUGAAUGCCUGAAGGAGGAGAAGAAAAUCCUCGCUUCAGCCUCAGAGGCACAGGGUUGUGGCCGUCCAGCUGUGGAACAAACAGGUAGAGAGUUGGACAACAAAGUCGAAGAACUGAAAAGGAAGACUUUGGAAGUAAAGAAGGAAAUUAAAUCACUGGAGGCCCUGUAUGGAAACCUUGACUUCAUACAGAUCAACUGGCAAAGAGGAGUGGAGCAGCACGUCGGAUUGGCUGAAUCGCGUGCGUUUGUGGAAGAUGAAUGUCGGAAACAAACCAACUUUAUUGUACAAACAAAGCAGAUGGUGCUUCAACAGAUCAGGAACAUUAUACACCUGGCAAAAGAGACUGUGGGGAGUCUCACAGGCGUGGAGCUGCCUGAGUGGAGGCACAGGCAGCAGAUGGCCUGCAUAGGAAGUCCAGUUGACACCAGUCUGGACCAUCUCCAGAAGUGGUUCACAACUGUGGCAGAAGUGCUACAACAAGUACAUCAAGAGCUGCAGAAACUGCAAGACCAGAGCAACAAAUACAACAUCACUAAUGCCCGAGACCUCCCUGGUCUCUCAGAAAUCAAGAAACUGACACUGUCCCUGUACAAAGAACUUCUUGGCAGUGCUCUAGUGGUCGAGAAACAACCCAUCAUGUUUAGCUUGCCGCAUCGGCCUCUAAUACUUAAGACCGGAGUGCGAUUCUCAUUGACUCUGAGGUUCUUAGCAAACCUCCCAGAAUUCAAGUGCCGGCUUAAAGUCAAAGCUGUAUUUGACAAGGAUGUUGAAGAAGUCAAGACAAUUAUUGGGUUUCGUCGCUUUGAUUUCACCACGGUUAACAGUAAAGUGAUGGACGUGGACGCACAAGGAGGAGACUUGGUGGCAGAAUUUGAAAACAUGUCACUCGGGGAAAGUGUGAAAGUGAGAAAGAAAGGACCGUCUCAGAGUCGUCUGGGAGUCACUGAAGAACUCCACGUGAUUAAAUUUGUGAUGGAGUUUCAGCAUGAUGGCUUGGAGUUCGACAUUGAGGCCAGCUCGCUGCCUGUAGUUGUUGUCUCCAGUACCAAUCAGAUCCCCAGUGCCUGGGCCUCUGUGAUGUGGUCCAGCAUGCUGUCCACCAGUGAACCGAGGAACCUUUCGUUGUUUGUCAAACCUCCUCCACUCAGCUGGCAGCAGCUGUCGCAGGCUCUGAGCUGGCAGUUUUUGUCUGUUGGGCAAAAAGAGCUCAACAAAGACCAGCUCUCCAUGCUGAAAGACAAAAUUGUUGAUGAUCCUGCUGAUCUUGUUGACUGGCACAAGUUCUCCAAGGUCGACAGUACUUGGAUCUGGAUUGAUGGAAUCCUGGAUUUGAUCAAAAAACACCUCAUGGACUUUUGGCGGCAAGGGUACAUCAUGGGGUUCGUGAGCAGGAAGAAAGCAGAGUCCUUGUUGAAGAAAAAACAGACGGGGACCUUUCUGAUCCGCUUCAGUGAGAGCAUCAAAGACGGAGCUAUCACCUUCAGCUGGGUCGAUCACUCCAAUGGUGAUGCCUACGUGCACGCGGUGGAGCCCUACACUAAGACAGAGCUAUCGUCCUAUACUCUGCCACACAUUGUUUACAACUACAGCCUGAAAGGUGAAAACAGCGUGAUGAAGAAUCCUCUGACCUAUCUUUACCCAGACAUCCACAAAGACACUGCCUUCGAACACUACUACACCAGCACUAAGAUGUCAAAACCUAUAAGCAAGGAUGGUUAUGUGCUAAGAAGAACAAACUGUCUGUCAGACAAUCCUACGCCCCCUCCCUCUCCACCUCAAGAGAUGCUCGACAUGGACAUGGACACGGAUGCAGACACUUGUGUCCAAAACGCCAUUGAACGUAUUGAGAAUCAACAGCGGCUGCAGGAACUCUUCCCCCAGUUGUCCCCUGUCUUCUACACAUCUUAAGAGGAGACACUCUUCAAGCCAGUGUUUCUCCCUCCUGAAAAUGUGCCAACACCUUUUGUCAGAAAGAAAAACUUUAUUAAUCUCGAGCGCUAGGUGUUACAGUCUUAACAUAUCAACAUACAGGAAAACAAAUGCAGUAUAGACAGCUAUAUAUAUAUAUAUAUAUAUA